AUGCGGCGAAUUCUUCUAAUAUUCAUCUCGUUAAUUCCCCUGGCCCUAGCCGCUACCGUUGAUGUCCAAAUCAAAACAUCCAACGUCGAUGCUACUAUUCGAGGACAAGAUCUGAGCUAUGGCUACAUGUUCCGCGGCAUUCCCUUCGCAUUACCACCGAUUGGAAAGUUGCGAUUUAUGCCGGCGGCUCGCCAGGACCCUUCGGGACUCAUCAAUGCAACAGCCUACGGCCAAAAAUGUAUACAGGGCAAUACAGAGGGUGAUGAAGACUGUCUCUACCUCAACGUUUUCACCCCGAGGAACGCAACAUCUGAUUCGAAGCUGCCGGUCUGGGUGUGGAUUUUUGGAGGCGGAUUCGUCGAGGGCAGCGGUGGCCUCCCCGGAGAGUCGAUGUACCGUAACCUGAUCAACAAAGGCCAACUGAUCAUCGUCUCAUUCAAUUAUCGGGUUGGACCAUUGGGAUUCCUAACAACGCGUACAAAAGAUGCCCCCGGAAAUGGGGGAAUUUCGGACGCGGUCGAGGCGCUGAACUGGGUCCAGCGGUAUAUAGGGUUCUUUGGUGGAGAUCCGAGACGGGUAACAGUAGGUGGCCACAGUGCCGGCUCCGAGGCCACCUCGUUCGUCUCCCUCUCCCCGAAGGCUAGCGGUCUCUACAGUCAAUUGAUUCAAGAAUCCGGAAGCGCUUUCGGGGCUGCUGUAAUGUCGUAUUCUGACCAAACCAGAGACACCAGCAAGCAACUAGCGAUUAAACUUGGGUGCGCUACAGCCGACGAGUGGAACCAAGGGCACAGCUUCUAUGACAUCAUCGCUUGUCUCCAGUCGAAACAACCAAAAUCGAUCCAAACAGCUGACGGACAGCUUCCAAACCACCGUAUGAAAUGGGCACCCGUACAGGAUCAAGCCUACCUCCCCCGCCGCUUGGAAGAAUUGGCCCUCCUCCGCCCGCCGGUCCCUGUACUUGUCGGUGACGUUCACGACGAAUGGGUUGGAUGGGACGACUACCAAGUACAACACAACCUCAAGUGGUUCACCAAGACAAAUGUCGCCACAUCGAUCAAGGAUUGCUACGAGAUGUCGUAUUGGGAUAAUAAGGAUGCCGUCGUCAAAGCUGCCAUUGAUCACUACGUAAAUAACGUGAAUUUUGAUGAAAAUGAUAACGUUAAUUGGGCUGCUCGCCAUAUUCAGCUCUUCAGCGAGAUGGUGUUCAUCGGGCCGGCUUUGCGAGACGCGAAAUAUUUUGCAUACACGAGUAGCCCGGUCUACUUGUACUCGUUCGAUUAUUUGAAUCCGAAAGCCCAACCCACCCAAAACAACACAAAACUCCGCGGAGUUCCGCACGGCUACGAGCUACAGUUCGUCUUCGGGUACCCGGAAUUCCACGACGAUCCUGUGGACAUCAAGCUCACCGAGUUGAUGGGCAAUUUGUGGAGCAACUUUGUGGUUUAUGGAGACCCAACGGCAUCGAUUGGGUUGCCGACCCCGUUUGUCUGGCCAAAGCUGCAGGUCGGAAAUGUUAGCGAGUUCGUUUCGAUCGGCGCAACCCCCUCCGUUGGCGAGCAAUUCCACCCGGAUGCCAAUUUCUGGGUGUGCGAAGGGCCGAAAAUCGAUGGACGCGCCGGGCCAAUAUGCAAA